AAGCCGCGCUCCAGGGACCGCCGGGCCGGCUGAGAGCGGGGCAAAGCCCCAGGCGCUCCCUGCUCCGAGCCCGGCGGGCAGAGUGGCUCAGCCAGGCUGGGCUGGGGGUCGGGGCGCUGCAGCAUCGGUUACCCGCGACCAGCCGGGAGGGCGGGGUGUGCGUGCGCUGCGCGCCCCUCCCGCCGGGCAGGUCCCCCACCCCCGCCCCAGCCGCCCGUGCCCACGUGACGCUGGCCCAUCUGUUCAAGAUGGCGGCGCCCAGGGCUGCCUGCACGCUGCUGAGCGGAGGGUGUGUGACUCACUGCCGUGGAGUUUUCUCUUCACCGGUCAAUCAUAUCUGCUUACACAAGCAGUCAUGCAGUCAACAAAGAAGAUAUUUCUUUUUCCAGAGACAAAGAAAUACUGCUUAUAGUAUAGUUCGGCCGGCUAUAGUUUCUCUAGCUCACCCAGUUCCUAAGCACAUAAAGAAGCCAGACUAUGUGACGACAGGCAUUGUACCAGACUGGGGAGACUACAUAGAAAUUAAGAAUGAAGAUCAGAUUCAAGGGCUUCAUCAGGCUUGUCAACUGGCCUGUCAUAUUCUACUUCUAGCUGGAAAGAGUUUAAAGGUUGGCAUGACAACCGAAGAAAUAGAUUCCAUUGUUCAUCACGAAAUAAUCAGACAAAAUGCCUAUCCUUCACCUCUAGGCUAUGGAGGUUUUCCCAAAUCUGUUUGUACCUCUGUGAACAAUGUGGUAUGUCAUGGUAUUCCUGACAGUCGACCUCUUCAGGAUGGAGACAUUAUCAACAUUGAUGUCACAGUAUAUUACAAUGGCUACCAUGGUGACACUUCUGAAACAUUUUUGGUGGGCAAUGUGGAUAAAUCUGGUCAAAAGUUAGUGGAGGUUGCCAGGAAAUGUAGAGAUGAAGCAAUUGCAGCUUGCAGACCAGGGGCUCCCUUCUCUGUAAUUGGAAACACAAUCAGGCAACCUGGCUCUGCUCCCCAGCCCUCAUUCCGCCAUGUUAUCCCAGUAGCCAGACUCAGGACCUUUUUCCCCUUGUGUGACCCAAGGGACGGGAGAACUUAUACAGCUCAUCUCCUUGGCAACCAGGGCCUCAGCACCAGGGAUGUACUUCCGGCAGCCUGGCUCACCAGUUAUAUUUUCAGCUACCUCCACUGCCUGACUUCAAGUUGGACUUCACCUCUGGCUCCUUGAUCUGUUGCCCAGUGCCAUGGAACGGUGGCAGAAGCAUGCACCGUUGUCUGAUAAACAACUUCUUCUGGAGAAAGCUGGAGAGAGAGUGAGGCUAGUGCAGGCAAAUCCUGGUAGGGCAGGGAGCCAGACAACAAAACAUUGAGUCCCAGGCUGCAGCAAAUGGUGAAUUCCAUGCCAAAAAUGCUGAAUUCCAUGGUAUCUUGACGAAGAAUCCCAAAUUCCACAGCCCCAGCAUCACAAAGCCCACAGGGCCCUGACUGAGGUGGGCACCUCUCUGAGCGAUGUUUCAAGCUCUCUACUGACUCAGGAAGACAUCACUGGAUCAGUUUACAGUCAGUUCAUAUUUACAAGGUUACCUCUGCACUAUCAGGACUAAAAGCAAUUUUUUAAAAAAUGAAUGAAGGGAUUUUGGAGCACAGGUUGUUAGCAAAACCUUAACUCCAUGAAUGUGGAACUGAGGAAUACACAGGACCCUGAAGAUCUCCCCUCACAGGUGUUAACACUUGUAGUCUUUUAAAAUUCUCGGAUGUGAGGUGCUACCAUAUGUAAGUGUAAAUAUUAGAAAGAGGUUGAAAGUGGCUGAGUUUCAUACCUACAGCUUUUUUCUCCACAGAUGUUCUGUACAACAAUGCAGGUUCAUAUGAUACAUUACAUUUUAUGUAAAGAACAUCCAUACUCUGCACCGUUUAUGGGUGAAGAGGGAAGGUCAGUUGAGUACUUCAGUGCAGAUGUCAAAUACAUAUGAGCACAAAGAUUCCUAUUUUGAUCAGACUGUAAUAGCAUAAGUAGUGAUGCUAAUAGAGUUGUUUUCAUGCUCUUGAGCAAGGAAGAGGCAGAAUUAAUCAAUGCAGUGCACAAGAACUACUUUCAUUGUAUGAGGAAGAAAAACUGUCUCAACCGUGUCUUCUCAUGAUGAUGACCAUGUUGCUCCUACUUUUGAUGCCUCAAAGCAACUGCUGUUGCUUCUAAAGUCUUGGUGUUGAACAUUAUUCUCUCAGUGGCUAGUUGAAUGGUGCACACUGGAGCUUUCCAUGCCAAGAUAAGGAUAAUUAGUUUUGGUACUUAGAGGACGUACCUCCUAGAUAGAAGACGAGUUUUGAAAAGACAUCCUAUAGCAAAGUUGUAAGCCUAAAAAAAUGACCCUGGGGUCUAUCAACCUCUUUGAAUGGUAUCAGAGGGGGACAGGCAAAACUGAAUAGUGAAUGGGUUUGCUUUUGCACUGGCCAACAUACUUUAAGAAAAAUAGAGGUGGAACAAAAGCUUGCCAAAUGUUGCAUAAAUAGUCUUCCACUCCUCUCCUCCCCUAGGGUAAUUGUUUAAGAAUAUUUCAUUGUUACAUGAAGUGUUGCACUAAUUCUGGUUUUCUACAACUCACAUCAUUUCACAUUUUGUUCUUUAUAUGUUAGUGAAUAAACUAAUUUUCUAAUUCCUCUCCACAUCCAUUGCUUCCUCCUUGAUCUUUACUAUCAUCAUAUCCAAGAUGCAUCCUAUUUGGCUUUUCCAUCUCUAACUUACAUUAUUUUUUUAAUGUUAUUUAAAUUGUGUACUUCAUGGGAUAAAAAUCCCAGCAGAAUGGAGCCCAAGAUCUUGUACCAUUACUAGCCAUUUAUGCCAAUAAUUAGGAGAGUCUUAAAGA